UCACUUGUGUCAACAUUUUCAAUUAAAUUGGUUUUCAUGAUAAAUCUAUAUUUUUGUUAAGUAAUUUAUUGUUAGUGAGACUAUCUUUGAUUAGUUUUUACAAUAUAAAAUCUUGAAAAUGAUCAAGUGGAUAUUGUUUUUAUGCGUCACAUUAUUGCUGUGCACAUGUGACGCUUACAAGGUGUUGGUGGUCUUUUCUAUGCCAGGGAAGAGUCACAGCAUACUUGGAUAUGGAAUUGUAAAGCAUUUGCUGAAAAGGGGACAUGAGGUGACGUACAUAACCCCAUUUCCGGUGGAUAACACGGAUCCGAAGCUCAAACAAAUCGACGUUAGCAGUAACAUAGAUAUUCUACCCAAGACUUCCCUAAAUUUAAAUGUGAUCCUCGAGGGUAAAGUACCGAAAGUUGAUCACGGUGGGAUUCAUCUUGUAAUGAACGCAGUAGAGAUGAACACAUACAACAAUGAGAAUGUUUCGAGAUUAAUCAACGAUCCAAAACAGAAGUUCGAUAUCGUCAUUGCUGAAUGGAUGUUCACAGAAAUUUGUGCUAGUUAUGCCGCAAUUUUUAAUGCCCCGUUGAUCUGGGUCUCAAGUUUUCAAACCCAUGGGAUGGUGACGAGGUUGAUUGACGAGGCUCUCCAUCCAGCUUAUAAUACCGAUGUUGUUGGGCGUAACAUUCCACCGUUGAAUUUCUUCCAGAGAGUUCAGAACUUGUGGAUUCUGUUACGAACACUGUAUCAAGUUAAAAAUAGUGGUCAAGAAGAUUUCUAUAACAAAGCGAUCGUACCAGUGAUAGAGAAGAGAGGUCUGGUCGCGCAAAAGUUUGAAGAUGUGCAGUUCAAUGGUUCAUUGGUUCUCAGUAACAGUCAUUUGUCAUAUGCGCCUGCCGUGAGACUGCCGCAAAACUACAAGACUGUCGGUGGGUUUCACGUUGAAGAAAAGGUCGAACCCUUGCCAGAGGAUCUAAAGAAAGUAUUGGAUAGUGCAUCGACCGGAGUGAUUUAUUUUAGCAUGGGCUCUAAUUUGAAGAGCAAAGAGAUGCCAGAUAGGUUAAGGAAAAGUUUGAUAAAAUUAUUCAGUGGCCUAAAGUAUACAGUAAUUUGGAAAUUUGAGGAAGAAUUCUCUGGACUGCCUAAAAACAUACACGUUGUUAAAUGGGCACCCCAACAAAGUAUUUUAGCACAUCCGAAUUGUGUACUUUUUAUUACACACGGCGGAUUGCUCUCUACGAUUGAGAGUGUUCAUUUUGGUGUACCAAUUAUCACGAUACCUGUGUUCGCUGAUCAGUUUAUGAAUGCCGAAAGGUCUGCUAGAGUGGGAUUUGGGAAAAUUGUGUAUCUUUCAUACACAAUGGCGGAUGAUCUUAAAGUUGCUAUUGAAGAAAUCUUUUCAAAUCCAAGAUAUAAGGAGAUAGCAAAGGAAACAUCGUUGGUAUAUCAUGAUCGGCCGGUGUCCCCUGGUGCUGAGCUGGUGCACUGGGUGGAGCACGUCGUCAAGACUAGAGGAGCUCUCCAUUUGCGCUCACCAGCACUGCAAAUGCCCCUUUACCAGAAGUUAUACUUAGAUCUCCUCACUGUUGUUUUAGUAUCGUUGAUUGUGAUCUAUAAAAUUGUAAGAUGUCUAUUUUCUCGUAUAAGCGUAACUAGUAAUAAGAAAACGAAUUAA